AUGUCCAAAGGAAAUUUCAGAACGCCAAAAAAAGCGAAUGCGUAUAAAGAUCCGGUGAAGGUUUACUGCAGAAUUCGACCUUUACCAUUGGGGUCUACCGAAUCGUGUAUUUCAUCUGUUAAUGAUACUGAAGUUCGACUAUCCCCUCCGCAGGAAAGUCAUGCCGCUCGAGUGAAUAACUGUGAUGAAACAUCCCACCACUUCGAGCGUGUAUUCAAGGAAGAUGUUUCUCAGAAAGAAUUGUUUGAUACCUUUGCAUUGCCUUUAGUCGAGGACGUUGUUCGCGGCAAGAAUGGCCUAUUAUUUGCCUAUGGAAAUACCUGCUCUGGUAAAACCUAUACAAUGACCGGAUCUUCGUCAGAAAUCGGAGUAUUACCUAGAUGCCUAGAUGUGCUUUUCAAUACCAUCAAACCUUAUCAGGCUAAGAAAUGCAUUUUCACACCGAAUAAAUUAAAUUCGUUCGAUAUCCGAACGGAAGCUGAAGCGUCAUUUGAAAGACAAUACAAAGCUACCAAUCAAGCACAAGGCACACCUUCGCGAUCAAAAAGAAAAGUGGACUAUUCAAAACGAUACCAUGAAGGCAUGACAGUCCAGGGUAUUGAUGAAGACAAUGCAUAUACUGUAUUUGUUUCCUUCGUGGAGAUUUACAACAACUAUAUUUAUGAUCUCCUUGAUGAUAGCUCUUUCGAGAUUGCCCGAACUCUAAGUUCUAAGGCGUUACGCGAAGACAGCACUCGUGGCAUGUACAUUAGUAAUGUUACAGAAGUUGAAGUAGCCGAUGCCGAUGCGGCGUACGCCCAGCUCAUCAAGGGACAACAGCGAAGACGAGUUGCUUAUACAAAAUUAAACCAUGAAUCAAGUCGCAGCCACAGUAUUUUCAAUAUUCGGCUAAUUCAAGCACCGCUCGAUGAUGAUGGAGAAACUGUUUUAAGAGACAGUAGCAGAAUAGCAACUAGCCAGCUAUCAUUAGUAGAUCUGGCAGGGUCUGAAAGAACAGCCAGAACGAACAACGAAGGAGUUAGAUUAAAGGAAGCAGGGAAUAUUAAUUCCUCCUUAAUGGUUCUGAGAACUUGCAUGGAGUGCCUACGCGAUAACCAAGCAAAUCAAGUCAAAAAGAUUGUUCCGUAUAGAGAUUCUAAAUUAACCUACCUGUUUAAGAGUUAUUUCGAAGGGGAAGGAAAGGUUCGUCUGGUUAUAUGCCUUAAUCCUCAAGCCGCGGAUUACGAUGAAAAUCUACAUGUCAUGAAAUUUGCGUCCAUAACGCAAGAUGUAACAGUUACAAGAGCUAAGGAUAUUAAUAUCAACCAAGGUCUGACGCCUGGACGUCGAAGAGCCAAUAUUAUUUAUAAAGAGGUCGUAAAAAGUAUGCGUUUCGAAGACGAUGGUGAACACUCCGAGACACCAUUCAGUCUUGGUCGUCUAUUUCCAAACUAUUUGAUGACUGCGCCAGAUGAUAAAGAUAUAUUGCCAGCUCUCAUGGAAUUUUUAAGAGAACGUUCCGCUCACCGGGCUGCUUUGCAAAUUGAGCUAAAACAUAGAGCCGAAAUCACUAGCAAAGACAGAGAAGUACAAUCAUUGGAACGAAAAUUAAAAAAUUCGACAGAAAAGAUGGCAUUAUUGCAACAAAAUCUGAAUUCGCUUGAAACGGAAAAUAAGACACUUGAACAUCAGAUCGUAGCCGAACGGCGAGCUGCUGAUGAAGAAAGACGAGAAAGAGGUCGACUUAAAGAAGCGGUACGGGGAGCAGUCUUUCAAGAGAGAGAAAAGUGGGAGAAGGAAUGCGAUAAACGUGUUAAAGCGACACAAUUUAAUAUGAAGUCUAAAUUAUGGGAAACAGAUGAAAAAUUACGACUUUUGAGAGAAAUUGUCGAAAAUACACCGACCAAAGCAUCAAAACCUUCAGAAGGUAUGGUCACAAGGCCUCGGGCUCAUGAAAAACCUGAAGGUGCUGUUACAAGGUCUCGGGCUCAAGAACAAAGGAUGUCUUCAGCUAAAAAUAUGUCAGAUGUAACGAAUAUGAACCAAGAAACGCCAAAAUCUUCCGUAAAAUCUGUUAAGGGCCGUGAAGUAAAGAAAUACCUACGAAGAUCGCAACCUUCGGAUAUUUGGCUAGAACAUAAACCCGAUGAAAAUGUUGAUGAAGGCAUUAUAUUCCAAAUAGAUACUUUAUUGCAGCUUAAUUUGAGAAAGAAGAAAACUGUAGAAACACCGAAAGUAAACGAUUUCGCUAAAGCUCAGGCUAAUCAUUACGUUCUGGAGCAUCAAGAGGAAGAUUCACAAGGCGAAAUUGAAACACAACUUAUUAAAGGUGACGUUUUCGAAACUGAGACUGGUGGCCACAGCGUACAUUUCACUGACGUUGAAGUGCUGCAAAAGAGAAAGUCUAUUGAAAUUAAUGCGUGCGUAGUAAUUAGGCGUAAAAGACGAAGCAGUGAAGGAUCCGCUGAUUGGACUGACGUUGAGACGAGGUGUUCUAUAGCAAUUGAAGGCAGGCCAAAUAUGAGUCCAGCAAUUUCCCAUAAGCCACUCAAAUCAGAGAAUGUUUGUAGUGAAUCGAUGCAGAAAUCAUUCAACAAAAUUAAAUUGUAA